AUGCAGUCCGGCGGCACCGCCUCACAGUCGCCAGAGGCCAGCAGCGGUGCGGCAGCAGCAGCGCCUGCGGCGGCCGGGCCACUGCGCAUCCCCGACGCCGCCCUGGCGAAGCAGCUGGGCCUGAACGAGGCGCUGCUGCAGUCGGUGAUGCAGCUGCCCGGCACGCAGAACAUGGUGGACCUCAAGACGCGCCUGGUCAGCCUGGCCGACUGGAACAACAGCCUGCGCAAGGGCGUGCUGCCCAAGGCCUCCUCACUGCAGUGGCCGGAGGAGCCCUUCCGCUCCCAGUUCCUGGAGGUGCUCAAGGGGCUGGAGAUGGCUCGCUUCACGCGGCGCCACCCCAAGCUGCUGCCGCCGCUGCUCAGCCAGUUCAUGCAGCUGGUGUCGGAGUUUGAGGCGCAGCUGCUUGAGGAGGAGGCGCAGCAGAAGCAGCAGCAGCAGCAGCAGCAGCAGCAGCAGCAGGCGUCCAAGUCGGAGGGGCAGAACCCGCAGGAGCAGCAGCAGCAGGGCGAGGGCGAGGGGCAGGGGGAGGGCGGCGGGGAGCAGGACCAGGCGCCGGACGAGGCAGACAUGCAGGGCAGCAGCCAGCAGCAGUCGGAUGCGCAGGGCAAGGAGGGGGAGCAGCAGGACUUUGACGUCGACCUGGAGGAUGCGCAGAGCAGCCAGGGGGAGCGGCCGCAGGACCUGAGCGACCAGGCUGGCAGCAGCACGGAGCAGCUGGUUGAGAAGCUGCUGGAGGGGUUCAAGGAGCAGUGGGCACCUGUGAUGGAGAACAUUGACAUUGCGGAGCAGGCGUUUGACGACAUCGACGGGUUGCUGGAGGGGCCCCAGGGCUUUGACAGCAGCAGCAGCGUGUGGCACCAGACGGGCUGGCGUGAGGUGGCGUCCCUGCGCAAGAAGCUGGAGGACCUCAAGGAGCUGCGGGAGCUGGUGCGCCAGCUGGGGCGCGGCGGCGGCAAGGGCCCGCUGAAAAAGGCGCCCGAGCAGGUGUACAACAGCAGGAGCCCGCCCGGGGUCAUCCGCUCGCCCAUGCAGCCAGAGGAGACGCGCGGCCUCACGCGCUCGGGCGACCUCAGCCGCAUGCUGCCCUUUGAGGCGCACCUGCUGGCGGCGGGCUGGCCGCGCUGGGAGGCGGCCGGCGAGGAGGGCGGCGGCGGCGGCGAGGGCGGCGAGGGCGGCGGCGAGGGCGGCGGCGGCGAGGGGGAGCGGGUGAUGACGCGGGAGGGGUCUCGCGGCGCCCGCAUGCUGUUCCAGGCCAGGAGGGCUGAGCGCAUGCUGAUGAGCUACGAGCGCGAGGGGUGGGUGGAUGAUGAGCGCGCGCGGCUGACGGGCAGGCUGGAGGUGCGGCCCGCCGCCGAGCUGGGCCCCAUCAUCGUCUGCCUCGACACAUCGGGGUCGAUGUACGGCGCGCGUGAGGUGGUGGCCAAGGCUGUGGCGCUGGAGUGCAUGCGCGGCGCGCACCGCCAGCAGCGCCCCUGCUACCUCUACUCGUUCAGCGGCCCCGGCGAGGUGGUGGGGCUGGAGCUGGGCACAGACGCCGCCUCCCUCAAAAACCUGCUGACCUUCCUGACCUGCGGCUUUGGCGGCGGCACAGAUGUGGAUGCGCCCCUGGCGCUGAGCCUGGAGCGGGUGGGGCGCGAGGAGUGGGCGCUGGCCGACAUCCUUCUCUGUACGGACGGCGAAAUCCCGCAGCCCUCAGAGGACAUCCUGGAGCGGCUGGCCGCCGCCCGGCAGUCGCUGGGGCUGGAGGUGCACGGGCUGCUGGUGGGGCGCAACGUGACGCCGCCGAUGGAGGCGCUGUGCAGCCACCUGCACGUGUUUCGGAGCUGGUCUGUCGUGGGAGGCGGCCCAGAUGGAUAG